ACUCCCAUGUCAAUAUUUUUUCGUUCGACACUGUCCCCUGUCUCUGAAAGAGUUCCGAAGAGUUUCGUCUAUUUUAAAACCUUAAAAUAAACAAUUGUAUUGGUAAACUUCGUGUAUUGUUAUCUCGCAUUAAAAAACUGAACCAGCCACUUCAAUUUUCGUCCGAAAUCGAAUCUCAUUUUUCAUCUUAUUGAUUGAAUCAUGAGUUGCGUGGAAGACCAAGAAGUUUUAGUAAAAGAAUCUCUCUUGGUAUUUCUUAAAGACAACAUUCCACAGGCCAACCUGAGUUACAUUGAUGAAAUUGUUUUAAGCUAUGUGGUGAGCAUUUUAGAAGAAAUUGGAUCUGACUUGUGCCAGGAAGAUAUAUUUGAUGUAGAAUCUUUCAGUGAGAUGCUCACUGCAUAUUUUCCUGAUUUUGCUUCCAUCCCACACACUGUCAUUUGUCACUGGAUCUUUGAGCUAUCAUCUAAACUCUCAAAAUCUAAAGAAGAUUCAAAAGGCUUGAAGGUCACGACGGAUGUUGGAUUAAUGUUCCCUGCUCCAGCAGUGAUAAAAGCAGACAGAUUGUCUCCUAGAGUCUCAGAAUCUAGCGAUGCAAGCACAAGUGACUCGUCACAGUCGGGUUUCCAGGAGUUUGAGAAAACAGAUGAUGUUCGUCUUUUGUUGGAGAUGUUCCCAUCAAUUUCUCUUGUAGAGGCCACUCAUUGUCUUUCACUGUCAAAUAGUUGUGUUGAAGAAGCAGUGCAACUUGUUCUCCACAGGCAGGAAACAGGGGAAUCCCUUUCUAACCCAGAGACAACUUCUUUGCACAAGACAAGACCAGUUAAUGAUACUACACUCAAGAAGAAGAUUAUUGAAAAGUAUUCUUACAUUGACCAAGAUGAUGAUCAACGUGAGCACAGGCCUCCUCCAGUCAAAACUCAACCUAAGAAGAUGGUGCGAUAUUUAGACAACAAGGUGGUGACAAUAAAAGGGGAACGUUACACUGAAAUCAAGGAGGAAACCGAGGCAAACAAAGAAGAGGCCAAAAAAACGUUCGUCACGCUUAAACCAGCUCGCCAGUACCGAUUCCAUUGACAAGGAGUCUAGUAGACAAGUAGGUGGAUAUCUGUAGCUAAGCUGUUGGACAUGCGAGACCCAACAACACGCCUGUCAUGUAAGAUAUAGCUAUUCAAAAUCUCUAGACCCAGAGGCAAUUCAACCCUUUCGCACACAAAUGUCUCUUUAGUUUUAUAGUAACGGUGCAAUUGUUCUGCUUUCUACGCUAAGCAGAAGGCCAAUGCCAAUUUGCAACAAUUGUUGAUCUUCCAUUUACCUCUCUUUUUGUUGUGUUCAUUUAUCCUUUGAAUCUCUCUGAGUUCACCUCACGAACCAAAAGGAAGGAAAUCUCGUUAUCACGUCUAGCCUUGGUACGGUGUCAAUGUCUUAACCACGAGCCCUUUUAGAAUCAGAAGGGCAUUCUUUACACUAACAUAUGAUAAUAUUCUCAGCUAUUUCCCCAUCGACCCACCGCCAAAUGUUGAACAACUAUUUAAUGUUUUGUUUAUUGCUACCUUUUAAAUGUGAAAGGACAACAAGAAAAAUUUAAAAACUAUCUGAAAUCACAGUGAAUGCAACCCGGAUCUCUCUUGCCUCUUCUCCGUCUUGUGUGGCUUUAUGCGAGAGAGGAAACAAAAGUCUUACGUUCUAGUUUUUCUUCUAGAUUUUCUUUUGUCUUGGACUUCUUGACCCUGCUCUAAUUAUACUGUAACGUAUUUGUCGUACAUUCCGGAAUACACAGCUUCUCAACGGA